CUUUUAUGUAGAGCUAUUAGGUUGGCACUCUCAAUUUUGACACUUUAAGGUUAUGUUGCACAUGAACAACAUUGAAUUUCUCAAAUAAGUAUGUAUUGAUUCAAGUAUAUCCCUGUCUGUUAAUUGUUCAGUAUAUCAGACAAGAUUACAUACAACUCACUUUCUAAGUUUUCAACAAAAUUUUCUAACUGCUCUGUCGGUCUAUUUUGUAUCUUUAGAUUUGCCCAGGUGAAUACAUGUGAAAAACCGAGAAAAACAGCGAUUUAUUUAUACACAUAUAAUUUGAAGAUGUCAGCCUUGAAGCGAGUACAACAAUGGGCAACCUUUGCCAGAAUCUGGCACAUAUACAAUGCAGCAUGGCAAAAUCCUUUCCAUUCAUCAGAGUUGAUCAAAAAGUACCUAAUGGGCAUGCAUAAACCUAUCUACCACCCUAUGAAUGAUUGUGGAGACCAUGUUAUAGUUAUAAAUAGUGCAGAUAUAGCAUUACCUGGAGAUGAAUGGAAAAAAAGGGUAUAUUUCCAUCAUACCGGUUACCCUGGAGGCGCAACUUGGACAUUGGCUUGGAACUUACAUGAAAAGGAUCCCACUAUGAUUAUAAAAAAGGCUGUAUAUAAUUCUAUGGAUGGAAAUCUACAAAGAAGGUAUACAAUGCAAAGGUUGCAUAUAUUUCCAGAUGAGAAUGUACCAAAGGAACUUCUAGGGAAUGUUUCAAAUGAGAUCAGACAAUUGAGACCAAUGCCAAAAAGAUUGGACGAUUAUCCUGAAAAGGAUGUCAAGGAAUUUCCAAAAGUUAUUGACUAUCCUAAAGAUUAUGUUUUAAGAUAAGAGUUUGAUUAAUAAAUAGUUUUGAUUGUACACA